AUGGAGCCUGGUUCAGAGGAAGAAAAUAAUCCCAGCAAAAAUCCGAAUAAAAACGUUAAUAGUUCCAAUGAAGGUCACGUUAAGCCUAAACGACAGAUGAAGACUCCGUAUCAACUCGAAGCUCUCGAGAAAGCCUAUGCUCUUGAGACGUAUCCAUCGGAAGCGACGCGAGCGGGACUAUCGGAGAAGCUAGGGUUAUCAGAUCGGCAGUUACAGAUGUGGUUUUGUCACCGGAGAUUGAAAGAAAAGAAAGAAACUCCUUCGAAAAAACCGCGAAAAGGCGCCGCGUUACCACCGGAAUCUCCAAUCGAUGAUUUACGGGCCGGGCCGGAGCCCGAUUACGGGUCCGGGUCCGGGUCCGGUUCGGGAUCCAGCCCAUAUACGGAUUCAAGGAAGUUGGGGGGAAGUUCUUCUCGGGGCAUGACGGAGGAUCUGCCAAUGGCGAGGAGGUAUUACGAAUCGCAUCAGUCAAUAAUGGAGCUGAGAGCAAUUGCUUGCGUGGAGGCGCAGUUGGGGGAGCCGUUGAGGGAUGAUGGGCCUAUGCUCGGAAUGGAGUUUGAUCCAUUGCCUCCCGAUGCAUUUGGAGCUAUUCCGGAGCCACAGAAGAGGUCUGGACAUCCUUACGAGAGCAAAGCAUAUGAGCGACAUGAUGGCCGGUCAAGCAAAGCUGUUGCGAGGGCUUUCCAUGAGUAUCAGUUUCUCCCAGAGCAUGCGAGUCUUAGAUCUGAUGCAUAUGGGCAAGUUACUCAGUCUCAUUUUCAUGAAUCCCCAGUCGAUGGUGCAAGGGCUAGAGCUACAUCAUUUGUACAUGGAGAGGAACCAUUGCCCAGAGUUCAUGGUAUCCAAGGUCAUGGAUCACGAGUUCGUGUUUUACCUCAACCAGACAAGACAGGAAUUAUUCCUACAUCAUCUCAAGUGGCUGAUGAUUCUCUUGCAGAAAGGGAGUCAUUCACAAAUGGCAGAUUAAAUACUCAGUCUAUUGGCCAUCCAGUUUUGGGAUCUGAAGAUUCAUAUGUGUUGUCUACUGGGCAAACCUUGAAUAUUGAUGCCGAUCUACGAAACGAUAGGAAGCGCAAGAGUGAUGAAAAUAGAAUUGCAAGGGAAGUUGAAGCACAUGAGAACAGGAUUCGUAAAGAGCUUGAGAAACUUGAUUUAAAGAGGAGAAAGAGUGAAGAAAGAAUGAAGAAAGAAAUGGAAAGGCAUGCACGUGAAAGAAGGAAGGAAGAAGAGAGGUUGAUGCGUGAGAAGCAGCGAGAAGAAGAGAGAUCGCAGCGUGAGCAAAGACGUGAAAUCGAAAGAAGGGAAAAGUUUUUGCAGAAAGAAUAUUUAAGAGCUGAGAAAAGGAGACAAAAGGAAGAGCUUCGCAGAGAGAAAGAGGCAGAGCGACGCAGAGUUGCCAUGGAGAAGGCAACUGCACGGAAAAUUGCUAAAGAAUCCAUGGAUCUUAUUGAAGAUGAACAGCUAGAACUCAUGGAGUUGGCUGCUGCAAACAAGGGAAUACCCUCCAUUAUUCAACUUGAUCAUGAUAGUUUGCAAAAUCUUGAGUCAUUUAGAGAUUCUUUAAGCCUGUUUCCCCCCAAGUCUGUGCAAUUGAAAAGACCAUUUGCCAUUCAACCGUGGAUUGAUUCAGAGGAGAAUGUUGGGAAUCUUCUCAUGGCAUGGAGAUUUUUGAUUACUUUUGCUGAUAUUCUCAGACUAUGGCCUUUUACUCUUGAUGAGUUUGUCCAAGGUUUUCAUGACUAUGAUUCAAGGUUGCUGGGUGAGAUUCAUGUUGCUCUUUUGAAAUCAAUAAUAAAAGACAUUGAAGAUGUUGCACGAACACCGUCGACUGGAUUAGGGAUGAAUCAGUAUUGUGCUGCUAACCCUGAAGGUGGACACCCUCAGAUUGUUGAAGGGGCAUAUUCCUGGGGUUUUGACAUCCGCAAUUGGCAGCGUCACUUGAAUCCAUUAACAUGGUCUGAAAUUUUCCGGCAAUUAGCAAUAUCUGCAGGACUUGGACCACAGUUGAAGAAAAGAAAUGCUGCAUGGACAUUCAUGGGUGAUAAUGAUGAGGGUAAAGGUUGUGAAGAUGCAGUUUCUACUCUACGCAAUGGUUCAGCAGCUGAGAAUGCAUUUGCAUUGAUGCGAGAAAAAGGUCUGUUACUUCCACGGAGAUCGAGGCAUCGUUUGACGCCUGGAACUGUCAAAUUUGCAGCUUUUCAUGUUCUUUCACUUGAGGGAAGCAAAGGAUUAACAGUAUUAGAACUUGCAGAUAAGAUUCAGAAAUCUGGACUUCGGGACCUCACAACUAGCAAGACACCAGAGGCUUCUAUAUCGGUUGCUUUGACGAGGGAUGCAAAGCUUUUUGAAAGAAUAGCUCCUUCAACAUACUGUGUGCGACCUGCCUAUAGGAAAGAUCCUGCUGAUGCUGAGGCCAUACUUGCAGCAGCAAGGAAAAAGAUUCGGCAAUUUGAAAAUGGGUUUCUAGGUGGAGAAGAUGCUGAUGAAGUUGAGAGAGAUGAGGUGGAAAGAGAUGAAGACUCUGAAUGUGAUGUUGAUGAGGAACCUGAAGUUGAUGAUAUAGCUACUCCCUCAAAUGCAAACAAAGAUGCUGACUAUCCUAAGGAUGAAGUAAACACUUGUUCAGGAAGUGGAAAAGUCCAUGUCUCAACUGAUGCACUAAAUGUUCCGAGUGAAUUUGAUAAGGAUUUUUCAUCUUUCCCUCCAAAUAUUAUGAAGGAUGCCAAUGGUCCAAGUAACACUGGACAAUAUGUUGCUAGGGAGGAGAUUGGAACAGGCAAUCCUGAUCAACAGAACAUUGAAAUUGAUGAAAGCAAGUCUGGUGAGUCAUGGAUUCAGGGUCUUUCAGAAGGUGAAUAUUCUCAUCUUAGUGUUGAGGAGCGCCUUAAUGCUCUUGUUGCCUUAAUUGGUAUCGCAAAUGAAGGAAACUCUAUCCGUGCUGUGCUUGAGGAUCGUUUAGAAGCAGCAAAUGCUCUUAAAAAGCAAAUGUGGGCUGAGGCUCAGCUGGAUAAAAGUCGUCUGAAGGAAGAAACUAUUGUUAAAAUGGAUUUUCCAUCUACGAUGGGAAUUAAGGCUGAACCUCAACUGCCUAAUUCUGUAGUGGAGGGCAGCCAAAGUCCAUUUCCUGCUGCUUACAAUAAAAAUGAUGAGGCAUCUCCAAGCAUUCCAGAUGACCAAAAGCCCUUGCUCUGUCCACAAAAUGUUCAGAAUGAUCUCAAUAGUUAUCCUGCUGAAAGGGCCUUGGUACUUCAAGAGGCCUCCGUGGGUCCAGAUAACUUCUCUGCUCAGCAGAUUGGACAUGCUUCAAAAAGAUCACGUUCACAGUUGAAAUCUUACAUUGCCCACAGAGCGGAAGAGAUGUAUGUAUACAGGUCCUUACCUCUUGGUCAAGAUCGUAGACGUAAUAGAUACUGGCAGUUUGUUGCUUCUGCUUCUAAAAAUGAUCCUUGUUCUGGCUGGAUAUUUGUUGAAUUACAUGAUGGAAAUUGGAGGCUGAUUGAUUCUGAAGAGGCCUUUGAUGCUCUUUGGACAUCUUUGGAUGCACGAGGAAUCAGGGAAUCACAUUUACGGAUAAUGUUGCAAAAAAUUGAGACUUCCUUCAAAGAAAAUGUUCGCAGGAAUUUGCACUGUGCCAGGGCUAUUGGCAGAAGUGGAAGCUCCACUGAAAAUGAAGUUUCUGAACUAGAUUCCAGUCCUGACUUUCCUGCCAGUUUUGACAGCCCUAGUAGUGCGAUCUGUGGAUUGAACUCUGAUGCGUCGGAGACAUUACCUACUUUCAUAAUUCAGCUUGGGAGAAACGAAAAUGAGAAAAAGUUGGCGUUGAAGAGGUACCAAGAUUUCCAUAGGUGGAUAUGGAAAGAAUGUUAUAAUUCCUCAACAUUGUGUGCCAUGAAAUAUGGGAAGAAGAGAUGUGUGCAGCUGUUGGCUGUUUGUGAUGCGUGCCUUGGCUCUCAUAUUCCAGAGGAGAUGCACUGUGUUUACUGCCACCAGACAUUUGGCUCCAUUAACAAUAGUUUUAAUUUCUCAGAACAUGAGAUUCAGUGCAAAGAAAACAGGAAGUUAGACACCAAGGAUACAUAUACUAUUGAUUGUUCUCUUCCCCUGGGAAUCAGGUUGCUAAAGUCCUUGUGUGCCCUAGUUGAGGUAUCUAUUCCGCCAGAAGCCCUUGAAUCAAUUUGGACAGAAGGCCAUCGAAAGAUGUGGGGCAGGAAGCUGAAUGCAACUUCUUCCGUGGAUGAACUCCUAAAGAUAUUGACUCACCUUGAGAGUGCCAUAAAGCGAGAUCAUUUAUUGUCUAACUUUGAGACGACAAAGGAAUUAUUGGGUUCUAGUCUUCUGUCAGAGAGUGAUUCUAGUGAUUCUGUGCUUCCAUGGAUACCCCAAACUACUGCAGCUGUAGCUUUAAGGCUUUUGGAGCUUGAUGUGUCCAUCAUGUACGUAAAGCAGGAGAAAGUUGAACCUUCCGAGAACAAGGAAGCUAGAGCAUACAUAAAGCUUCCUUCAAGAACCUCUCUUUUCAUCAAGAAUAAAGAGCUUGAAUUAAAAGAACUAGACCAAGAUGAGGCUAUGAAAGAAGAAAACUUUGCUGACAUGAGUCACAGUAAGCGCAACAGCUAUAAACGGGGAAGAGGUGGUCGUGAACAAGGAUCUGGUAGGAAGUGGCGGAGGAGAGCUUCUGGUUCCAGAUAUGAUACUGGCAAGCAAAGAGCUAGAGAAAAGAAUAAUUUAAGUUUCCGCCUGAAGCAGCAGGGACAAAGAACAAAUGGUCAGAGUUCAGGACGUGGCCGCCGAACGGUUAGAAAGAGAGGAGAAAGGAGAGCUGCUGAUAACACAAUGGUGGCUCGUAUGGCUGAUGUAAUUAAACCUAAGGCCAAUGAUGUGAGAGACUUGGAUGAAGAAUGGAGAACUGAAAAAUUCAGGGUGAUGCAAAUGGUAAAUCCUCCUGAUAGUAACAGUGCAGAAGAGGAAUCUGAUGACAAUGCCCAAGGUGAGGGUUAUGACCAAGGAAACUGGGACCUGGAUUAUAAUGGUGCUUCUAAUGGAUGGAAUGCAGAAGCAAUGGAAGCUAGUGAUGAAGAUGAUGAUGCAUAUGAGGACGAUAAUGGCGUUGAACAGCUGGGAGAAGAAGAUUCAGAUGGAGAUUUGGAGAUUAGUGAUGCAUCAGAUGUAGUAGCAAAUAAAGCUGGAAAUGAUGAUGGGAGCGACUUAGCAGUAUCUGAAGAUUAUAGUGAUUAAACUCUUCUUUUUAAAGAAUAUUUGAUGAUGCAUGAGCUGCAUCUUGUUUUUGGAGUUGCAGCUUCAGAGGCAACCGGACGAGGGCAGGGGGAACAAAGUGAAAGUAGGAAGAGAAGUAUCAGUUGGCCCCGUCCCCUACUUGGCCGUAAGGGACGGUUCAAGUAACUAUAGAAAAUUAGAGAUUAAUGCCAGACAGAUUAUUACAAAAGCUUGCCCCUCUUGGGGCAUUCUCUUUAGGAAAUCUUUAAAUUUUAUGGCUCCUUUGUACAACAAAAAUUUAUUAAUAAAGUUUUAGUGAUUCAUAUUUUUUAACACUUAA